GUACCUACAGUUUUUGGUGAACUCUAUAAAACGCAGUGGCUUGCUCGUGUGUUGUGGUCUGUUGUGCAAUCUGUAUUUCUAAGUCUGUUGUUUAUUUUGUUUCUUGAGGAUAGAAAAAGGUUCGCUUUAAAAAAAUGAGAACAAAGAAAAUGAACAAAUUAACCGCGUUCUUUACAUUGUUAUUUCUGUUCACGUCAUUCGCCAUUACAGUAGCAGACGACACAACUGGAUCGCCCGAUCCAAAAACAUUUCUUGGCGCUUUAGAAAACAUCAACGACGUCAUAAGGCGCCAAAAUGAUCCUGCGUUUCAGGAAACUUUGAAAAAUUUUGAAACUCUUCUGUCAGGCAAGGAUAUUCUUGGUCAAACGGGAAUUCUCGGAAACGCUGUUUUUGCUGCCCCUUCAUCUGGGUCUAUGUAUAGUGCAAUUAAGAACUCAAAUAAUAUUCAAAAUGGUGUCGAAAAUCAAGUAGACACAUUCGGAGAAAGCACGUGGAGUCUGGCAGAUGUAGCCGACAAGAAAGAUGGCAGUCUAAAUCUUAGACGAAAAUUUGGGAAAGUAAACUCAGCGAAUUGUGUAGCAGACAUACAACGCUUGGUCACUAAUGUGACUCAGAACCAGUGGACAUUACCUUUCUUAGACGCCUGGGGCAAGCCUGGACCGUCCAUUCUCCAAGGUCGACUUAACUUUGUCGGGAACUACAGGCAGUGUAGGAAUGCAAAGGCGCCACCCCAGCCUGGCGUUGGGGGCACAGGUUUUACCGGGAAUUACUGCGUUUUGAGCCUCGCUGCAAAGAACGCUUCAGGUUCAUCUCCACUCGCCGCUUUAACAGGAAAUGCUGCUGUACAAAUCGGUUCCUGUGUUCCAGAUUCAUGUUCCCAGGAUGAGCUCUCAUUACUAGUGAAUCUAGGUUUGACGAUGUUGAACAUGUCUGAAACAUUUGUUGCCAUGCCCACGGAAUGCCGAACGGAUGAAAGAGAAUUUACUUCCGCAACCGUCGCCGCCAUUGUCAUCCUGUCACUCAUUCUGGUCUUAAUGAUUUGCGGGACUCUGUUUGACCUUUUGGUGAUUCAGCGGCCAAAGUGGAACACGCGGCGCCAAGGCGUAGACAGUCCCGACUAUGAUGCUGGCAGAGGUAUCCAGCCUCGCAGCAGCUACCAUCCAAUACUUGACGAGGAGACGACAACAGGGGGCCCCACAUCAGGUCAAGAGCAGACGCCAAUGAAUGCUGAGGUCAGAAACGGCUCCGGUCCUGUUUUCCUGAACGAGAAGCAACCUUUGCUGGGGAAAACUCAAACCAAGUCUGGUGCUUGCUCUGGAAUCCUGUCACAGAUUUUACUGUCCUUUUCUGUAUAUACCAACGCUUCUAAAGUAUUGAACACAUCACAGCCUCCUGGAUCUCUGUCAGCCAUCAAUGGUAUCCGCUGCUUGAGUAUGUCUUGGGUUGUGCUAGGACAUAUGUUCGUUUUCGGACUUGCCAAUGUGUCUAAUGUGGCUGAAGAAUAUCCACUCUUAUUAAAACGUUGGACAUUUGACGCCAUCUCUAACGCUUUAGUCUCUGUUGAUACAUUUUUCACCCUUAGCGGUCUACUGGUUGCAUAUUUAACAACUAAAGAGAUGUCUAAGAAAGGUUGGAAGAUCAACUGGGGACUGUUUUACUUUCACCGAUUUUGGAGGUUGACACCACCGUACAUGUUAACGCUUCUAAUUGUCUUGGGACUCCAGAGGUUCAUGGGGUCCGGUGCCCUGUGGUCCACUGUCCAGCCAGCAGACAAGGAGAUCUGUGAAGAGAACUGGUGGACCAACUUGCUGUACGUCAACAAUUUAGUCAACAAAGACAAAAUGUGUUUUGGUCACGCCUGGUACCUGGCCAAUGACAUGCAGUUCUACAUUCUGUCUCCAUUGAUGUUGAUCCCAUUUGUCUUUAACCGCUACGCUGGAUUCAUCAGCUGCAGCAUCUUUCUGUUAGCGCAGUGGAUCACAGCUGGGGUUUUAUCCACAGACAACGAAUGGGGUUCUUCGACACUUGGAAAUGGCAUUAUACCAAAGCCAGGGUCAUUGGAUUAUAUGGGUUAUUACUACAUUGCUCCAUAUUGCCGGAUUGGACCUUACGUGAUCGGCAUUUUGGCUGGCUAUAUACUGGCUGUCUCCAAAGGAAGAGUUCAGAUGAAUAAAAUCACAGUGGUCAUUGGCUGGACAGUCAGCAUUGCGUCCGCACUCGCCAUAGUUUAUGGUUUACGGGGCGAUUUAGGCGGGGGGAACCCUAGCAGUGUUGGCGCCGCCGCCCUCUACAACGCCGUGGCGCGAUCAGCUUGGGGAGUAUGUGUGUGUUGGGUCAUCAUCGCCUGCUCCUCGGGCUAUGGUGGUCCAGUUAACACCCUGUUGUCAUGGUCACCAUUUGUUGCGCUUGGUCGUCUGACCUACAUGGCCUACCUGAUUCACCCGUGUAUUAUGUACGUCUAUUUCGGGAACCAGGAGUCCCUCUACCUGUUAAAUGACACAAACAUUGUCAUUUCAUACCUCGGUAUAUUGCUGUUUACCUACCUGGCCUCUUUUAUUUUGAUGCUUGCAUUAGAGUCUCCGUGGAUAGGUUUGGAAAAAGCUUUGCUCCGAAACAAGCGCCACUAGUUCUGGAAUGGAGAAUGUAGUUUUACUCUGCUACCUGUGAUAACAUACGACAUAACUAAACAUUGAAUGUAACACAUGACAUGGCUACACAUUGAACGUAACACAUGACAUGGCUACACAUUGAAGUUUACACAUGACAUGGCUAAACAUUGAAGUUUACACAUGACAUGGCUACACAUUGAAGUUUACACAUGACAUGGCUAAACAUUGAAGUUUACACAUGACAUGGCUAAACAUUGAAGUUUACACAUGACAAAGCUAAACAUUGAAGUUUACACAUGACAUGGCUAAACAUUGAAGUUUACACAUGGCAUGGCUACACAUUGAAGUUUACACAUGACAUGGCUACACAUUGAAGUUUACACAUGACAUGGCUACACAUUGAAGUUUACACAUGACAUGGCUAAACAUUGAAGUUUACACAUGACAUGGCUACACAUUGAAGUUUACACAUGACAUGGCUAAACAUUGAAGUUUACACAUGACAUGGCUAAACAUUGAAGUUUACACAUGACAUGGCUGAAUAUUGAAAUUUACACAUGACAUGGCUAAACAUUGAAGUUUACACAUGGCAUGGCUACACAUUGCUCUGCUACCUGUGAUAACACAUAACAUAGCUAAACAUUUAAGUUAACACAUGGCUUAGCUACACAUUGAAGUUAACAUAUGACAUAGCUAAACAUUGAAGUUAAUAAUUGACAUAGUUACUCAUUGAACUUAGCAUAUGACAUGUCUAGAAAUUGAAUUCAUACAUGCCCAGGCUACAUGUGUUUACUUGACAUCGUUACACAUCAAACUUAAUACAUGACAUGGCUACAUACUAAAUACAACAAAUGACAUUGCCACAAAUGACACUCAAUACUUGUGACAAACAAAACAUUAUUCUGUUGUACAUUUGAACCUCGUCAGUUAAAAAGUCUCACUAAAUCUGUGAAUUAUGUUAAUGAUUAAGUUUAUAUAUGUUCUGGAUUAUAUGCACUAUGUUAACUAUUUGGCCCAGUCAGACUUCACUUCAUGAGAACUCUAGUAAAUAAUCUCUAAGCAUUUAACAUUUUUAAGAGAUGCAAAGCUUAUAAGAUGCUCUCUAUGGAACGCUGGAUGGACUGCUUGUAGAUAAUUUUCAUUGAUUAAUGUUUCAACUAUUUUGUUUAUUGUUAUUUUUUUUUUCAAAUACUGUGUGUUUUCUAGAAGAUAUUAAGAAUGUUAUUAGAACAAACUAUUGAUGCAUGAAAACUUAUCACUACAAAAGGACUUAAGAUAAUUAUCAUACAUUGUAUAAAUAAAGUGCUGGAUUUACUUAUAGUGUCCUAUAGUCAACAUAAGGCUAUAGCUUGAAGGCCACCCAAAAAUGGUAUCACGGACAUUUUCAAUCAUUUUGUAGAGAGAGCAAGGGGGGGGGGGAGCCUUACAAGGGACCCCAUUGCUCAAAUAGCUUAAGUCUUUAUCAAUUCUAAAUCCUGCUUAGAUAAUGCGAAUGUAUUUUUUAAAAAAAACACCAAUGAUACGAUUAGAUGUGUUGUUCAGAAUAGCAUAUAAACUCUUGUUGUAAUUUCAUACCAAGCUUGUAAUUAAUUCUAUUGGUUUAAGUGAUUGAUCGAAAUUUCACAUUGCAAUGUGUUUGUAUAAUCUGGAUUAAUAUAAAUGUAGUAGUUAAAGAACAAAUGUUUACUAGUAGUGUUAGAAUGACAUAGUGACAGACACCCCUGUGUUGAGUUUGGAAAAGUUUUGACAAAAGCAUGAAGCAGCAUUCUUUUUUAAUUUAAAAUUUUAAUAUGCAAAUUUAUAUAUAUAUAUAUAUAUAUAUACAGAGAGAGAGAGAGAGAGAAAGAGAGAGAGAGAGAGAGAGAGAGGGCAGGAGGACUUUUGAGCCCUGGGUGAACUUUUUAAAAAUGCAUUUAUGCAUUUACCAAGAUACUCCAUUCUUCACUCCCCUUGUUAAUAACUUAUUAAAAUUGUUACUACUUGAAUUAUGAAUAAAUUAUUUUUAAUACGUC